AUGAAAGUCCCUAACGUUCACGCGCCUCGUAAUGAGGAUGAUGUUGAAUUACAAUCCAUGACCCCCGUCGCUCUAGAUGACAACAACCAACUUGCUUUUGAAAGUUUUGACGAUUUGUCCUGGCGUUUGCCUGGCUAUGAACAGGAUGACCCCUUGGGUAACGGGCUGCGUACAUAUAUGUCGCAGCCUGCAUGCGCACUGCCUGUCGAAUACGCUGAUGCGGGCUUUCCUAUGAUCAGCAACUUUCAUCAGAACUUCAUGCGUGACGGGGAGCAUCGUAGACCCUCCUCGCUGUUGUCAUUCGGUAGCGAAUGGUUCCAGCACAAACACUCCAUUCCAGAGCUUAAUUUUCCCUUCCAAGACGCAGAAGGCAAUCAACAUAUCCAUGGCUCACUUUCGCUGGCGAAUGAUGGGCAAGAUGCCGUGACCAUUUUUGAAGAUCCUCAUGUCUCGAGUGCAGAUGACUCCCACCGUCCAGCCGUUGUCGGUGGUGAUGUGAGCGACAGCGGACUGACGCCACCCGCCGCAUCAUCCGGUGACCCGAAUAUCCUUCGGUGUCAACACCAUGUGCAAGGUCAACCUUGCGGAGUGCUCAUCGAAGGAGGAUUCUCCAGCGUCUUGAAGCACUUCGCCUACAUGCACGUUCGCCCUCGCAUUUCCGCGAACGCAAGAUCUGACCGUCCCGAGGAGUUUUGGAUCUGUCGCUGGGACGGCAAGUGUGACAGCCGCAUUCGCAAGGAGGGCUUUAAGAGGCAUGUCCUUGGUCACCUCGUCCGGUGGAAAUGUUCCACUUGCUCGUCGACAUAUUCUCGAGAUGAUAGCGCCCGAAAACACGCCAAGGAUUGCGGAGAUGGUAGGAUCGUCAUGCUGCCACGGCUGGAUGUUCAUCCGCGACGGCUGUAA